AUGCCAAAGAAUUUAAAACUUGGAAGAAGAGACGCAAGAACAGCGAGCCAAUCUGCAGCCAACAAUGGGAUCCCAGCACCAACUUCAACCCUAAAUCAAUAAUUAAUCUCAAGAUUUGGUGCUCUUGGACUUUCCACCAAGGACUUGGUCGCCUUGUCAGGUGGUCACACAAUUGGACAAGCAGGAUGUACAAUCUUCAGAUUCCACAUCUACAAUGAAACCAACGAGUUAGUAACAUCCUUUGCACAAACAAGGCAAUCAAAAUGCCCUAGGGCAUCCGGUGUGGGGGACAACAACCUCACCUUCUUUGAUCUUCAAAUGCCAGCGUCAUUCGACAACCACUACUUCAACAACCUCGUCGACCGGAAAGGUCUCCUCCACUCUGACCAGCAACUCUUCAACGGAGGAUCCACUGACUCUAUUGUUUGUCGCUACAACACAAACCCUAACUCUUUUUUUGCCGAUCUUACCAGUACGAUGACCAAGAUGGGAGACAUAAAUUCCCUCACUGGAUCCAAGGGAGAGAUUAGAAAGAAUUGCAGGAGUGUGAAUUAAUUAAGUCAAGAAUCCAACAAUAAAACAUGUUAUU